GAAGAAGAAGAAGAAGAAGAAGACGACAUCUGAUACGCCUCUCGUGACAGUCUUCCUGUGUUCGUGCAUCAAGAGACAGUGGAGUUUGCCUUCACCGUUAACGCCUCUUCAACACACAGAACCGUAUCAACCAGUCCUCAAGAUGUCUGCUGGAAACGCUAAGAUCGGCCACCUUGCCCCUAAUUUCAAGGCCACCGCUGUGGUAGAUGGACAGUUUAAAGACAUUCAGCUCUCUGACUACAGAGGGAAGUAUGUCAUAUUGUUCUUCUAUCCACUUGAUUUCACCUUUGUGUGUCCUACUGAGAUCAUCGCGUUCAGUGAACGGGCCGCAGAGUUUCGUAAAAUCGGCUGUGAGAUCAUCGCUGCCUCCACCGACUCGCAUUUCAGCCAUCUGGCAUGGAUCAACACACCCAGGAAGCAGGGUGGGCUGGGCUCCAUGAACAUCCCAUUGGUGGCUGACAUGACUAGGUCCAUCUCUGGGGACUACGGCGUUCUGAAAGAGGACGAGGGUAUUGCUUACAGAGGUCUGUUUGUGAUUGACGAAAAAGGCAUCUUAAGGCAGGUUACCAUCAACGACCUGCCUGUCGGACGCUCUGUCGAUGAGGCACUGAGGCUGGUGCAGGCCUUCCAGCACACUGACAAAUACGGAGAAGUUUGUCCUGCUGGAUGGAAACCAGGAAGUGACACUAUUGUCCCUGACGUGCAGAAGAGCAAGGAGUUCUUCUCCAAGCAGUAACAGUCCUGCCGAAUUUGCCCGCAUUUUACUCAUAUCAAGUGGAGUGGUAGAGCACUUACCUUUAGCCUGAGAGUUCUUGAAAUGUUGUUUUAGGCAACGUAACAAACAUUUUGCAGUAUAAAUUCACUUGUUAGACCUUGUGUAAUAUUUCCUUUGCAUUCUGCCUAAAUACGCUGCUCCAGACAGCAACACCCAUGCACUGACAUUUCUGUUGUUUUUCAAUUCUAGUGUGAUAAAUUGGUAUUGUUUGUUACACUGUGGAACAUUUAAGUUAGUCUUUUUUUUUUCAAAUUCUGGCUUCUGGUCAUUUUCAAUUUGUGUGUUUCAAAUAAACAGGACGUUACUUGCGUUA